AAUAGGAGACAUGACGUUUGUGCGCCGUGAGUGAUUCUUACUAUGGACAAGUGGACGGUGUUCGCUCUUUUAUUUCAACUGUGUUAGUGUUCCAAUACGAGUGAUAUUGUGCAUCGUUCUUCGAAAUGUCCUGACAACUUCUACUACAACUUCAAGUACAACCACAUUGAGCGUCCAGGAGAUGAAGGAGCGUAUAAGGAAAAAGAAGUUCGAAUAUAAAUACAAUCCGAACUAUGGGUUCGAAGCCUACUGGGUUGACGGCGAGUGGGUGCUUUUUACUACCACCAUACGUACCACGAAAGGGGAGACUACUACCAAACAGCUUACUGUAUGCGACGAUGAAUGCAACUAUUUAUAUCGCAAAAUUAAGGAAGUAUGCGGCCGGCUCUCCGACUUUGAGUCAGUUUCGGCUUGCUCCGGCACCAAGUGUUCCGGCAAGCCCGGGGUCAACCUGAAGUCAGCCUUCAAGACCUUCAACACUUACUGCGAGUUCCUCGACAAUCAGUGCGAAAACAAGUUCUAUACAGAAAAACGUUGGGUGUUCGUCCACGUGGGUAAGUGCCUAUCAGUAGAAGACCACUUCAAACCACUGUGGUCGAGUUGGCAGCCAGUCAGUAGGAUGACAUUUUAUUUGCAAAGCUUCUCCAAUGCAUACCCCACGACUACGUCGACAACUGUAGACCCGUUAGAUGAAUAAAUCUUUCUAUAUAAUAGAGAAAAAAAACUUUCUUUUUACCCUAAAUAAAGGAUCUA